UAUCGAUAAAGUGCAUUUGCUAGAAGAAGAAGAAGAUGGGUGGAAAGACAAAACAAGCGCCGCGAACUAAAAAUAAUGCAAAACCGUCGAGCAGCAGUCGGACUGCGGAGCUGCUGGGAACCACGCCAAUCUUCGUGGGCUUCUCGGCGCAAGCGGAUGGCGGUGGCCUGGUGCCGUUCGCUCCGGGAUUCGCCAGCGCCGAGCAGAUGCCGGACAGCUUCGACGCGGCCAUCAGUCCGCAGACGCAGAUCAUCCUUCGCAAACUUUCUAAGAAGGACCCGAUGACCAAGAAGAAGGCGCUGCAUGAACUCCAGGAACUCAUCGAGCAGUCUGACGUGGAGACCUUGAAGAGCAUUCUGCCCCUGUGGCCCAAGUACUACUUGAGUCUGGCCAGUGACCCCGAGCACAAUGUCCGGGAGCUGACGCAGACGGUGCUGCAGCUGCUCAUGGCCAAGUGCAAGAAGGCUAUGGCCCCAUACCUCAAGUUGCUGGUUCCCGUCUGGUUAGGCAGUCGCUUCGAUACCUACGCUCCGGCCGCCAGCAUUGCGGGCCAAUCUUUUAGGGAGACCUUCGCCGGCAGUGCGAAUCGCACCAGGGAAGUGUGCAUGCACUGCCAGCUGGAGAUCUUGGAGUACGUCACCCGCAAUCUUACCUUUCACACCGCAGCAACGCUCUCCAUCGGGAAGAGUCUCACGACAGAGGAGGCGGAACAGAAGUACCAGCGUGUUGUUAUCAGCAGCAUGAAGGUUUUGUCCUUCUUCCUGGAACAAACGGCACAGACGGAGGACCUCAGCCAAGUAAAGGAGGGAUUCAGCACGCUGGUGGCGCACCAAAAAUUCUGGAGCUUUGCAAAGCACAAAAUACCGGCCAUAAAAGCAGCUUGGUUUGAGUGCAUCUACCAUGUCCUGUCGUCGGUUGCCCUUUUGGAUGUGAUAUCUCCGCAAAAGGCGCAGUUGAUUACGCUCUGCUUCCAGUUCAUAGACGACGCCGACCCUGUGGUAGCUCCUCACAUUUGGGGCUGCAUCUUGCUCCUUCAAAAUAACUACGAGGAUUGGUUCGUUCCCCUCAACAUUCGGAAAGCCCUCCUUCCAAAACUGUCGUCUCUGCUUCGGAAUGGUUUCAAUCGCAAUGCCCAGGCCAUCUGUCCAAACAUCCUACCGUUUCUGUCCAAGAUAACACCUACUGCCCUACAGGAUCUAGAUAUUUACGAGUUUUAUCAACGCUUUUUUGACGACAUAAAGCUGGCCGUUACUGGCAAGUUCGAUCCUCCACUUUCCAAGUCGGAUUGUACAGUAGUCCACAAUACCUAUUUCGAGUGCUUGCGAUUCCUGAUCCAGCAGAUCAACAACUGCAAGAAGCGAGAGCCGAGAGAGCAGGAAUUCGCUGAGGGAUUGCUCCAAAACAAUGUACUCGAACCCAUUGGCUGGCUGUUGAAAAGCGAGAGCGCACAUGUGAAAAACUUCUUCCAGCACAGCUCAGCGCUGGUUGCCUUCUGGGACAGACAGAUCAACAAUGGCCUGGACAAUGGUGGGCUUUACGCCAAGUUGCUCAAUCAGUUCUGGACGCGCAUCUUUGAAUUGGUCACCCAGGAUCUGGCGGCUGAGGAGGUGAACGAGCAGCUACUCUCGCAUGUCUUGCUUCUCGUGCACGAUCUGCACAUGGCCAAUCCUAGCCUAGAGUCUCCUAGUGUAAAGUUUGUGGAGGAACUGGAAGGAAAGGUAGAGAAAAGUGAGCCUACCACACCGGUGAAAAAGGCUCAGGAAGCAGCAGCGUUUAUACAGAAGGAACUGAAGCAAUUGGUUGUGAAGCUUGUGCGGAUCUGCCUGGACAAAGCCAGUGGCAGUUCUUCCUCUCGUUAUGUUGAGCAAAUUCGCACUCUUACGAAAAUGUUUAUGGAUGUCCCGUUCUACAAGAGUCUAACAGAUCGCGGGGACCUACAUGGAGCGCUCGAUAAAUUUGUUUCCCUGCUGGAUUCCUUAAAUGACGAGGCCCGCGAAUCAGUUGUUGAGAUCGUUUUUGAAAUUCUGCUUCUAUUAGAACCAGAACAGCGUUUUGAAUAUAUUGAAAACACUCUGUUAAAGCUUCAACAGCAUCGAGUACAGAGCCUUCUGCUUCAUCGCCUGCUUUCCUAUCCUCUUUGCCGGGAGCCCGCCGUAAGACAGAUGCUCAGUUGUUCGGAUACUGGUAGCGUGAUUGCUCGGAUAGCCGACGAGGUUGUGGUUGAUAAUGAUCGGGAAAAGCUAAACCUUCUGCAUAAGUGCUUCUUCCAAACGGACACCGGAGAUAUACUCAUCAAUGCUGAGACUGUGGAUAAAAUACUGCUGGCCAUGUGCGGUCCUCUAGAGCAGCCGGAACUGGUCGAUGACAUGGUGGAAGUGUGUGGAAGCUUUAUUGCCCAAAUAAUGCCUGUGAUUUGCAGCAACGAAAACUCGUCGCUGGGUGUGCGUCAGCAGAUCUUCCUUACGCUGUUCAAGUUUAGCUUGCAGCAUCGGCCGGAGGAGUAUUUAUCAGAGGACACUCUCUGGGAGAUAACCACGUGCUGGCAGGAUGCGCUGUCCAGUAAAGAUAUUGAAGUCGAUAGUGAUACGCUAAAAAGUUGUGCCGGCAUAGUUGAGGACUUGGCAAGGACCGCCGAUUUGAAGGCCGAUAAUCUCGAUGGAAUGGCAGAGGCGAUGGCCAAGUUUGUUAUUUGCUCCACCGAAAAUAUUGAGGAUGAGGAGAAGCGAUUGACUCGCAUAGAUGAAACCAUAGAAGCUCUUCUCGAAUCUCCUCUGAAAACGGGCGAAAAGGUAAAGCAGUUUGAGAAUCACUGCGUUCUCUUGGACGCUCUAAAAGGAUCUGUCAGUGCAGGAGUUCCCUUCGAGAGUGCUUCAUUCGAGAUCAAUGAAAUCCUCCCGCUGCUCCAACGUUCCACGCUUAACUUCUUUACACUGUACAAACUGGUCUAUCAAUUCCCUCCACCUCAAACGACAAACGAUCCCGAAGAUGAGCUAACCGAGGACUACUGCGAUCCAAACGCCGAUGUUCUCACAAAAUGGAGUGAGUCCUUGAUUGCCGAACUCCUCCAGUGUAUUCGAGUAGCUGGCACUGCAGAGAGUUGGCUGGAAGUGUCCGAGUUAGAGGCUUCAUUGCAGGAAUUGGUGCUGGUCUUAUCGGAGAAGGUCAAGAGCUUUAUGGGCAACAGUAGUGAGCUAGUUGACAUAGUAAAAGAGCGCCUCCAACUGUCGGCCACUCAGCAAGACAGUGUAAUUAGCUGCCGUCUUCUAAGCUACCUUACCUUCUGUCCCCAAUACGCGGCCUUCGAGGAGAGCGCGACAAUUCUGCUUCAUGAGGCUCUCGCCGAAUCGUUGGUUUCCCAAGGAGCUCACAAAUCGUACACAAUGGCACUGCAGUAUCUCUUGCCAAGGCUUUCGCAGAGAGCCCUCAGUCUCAACUCAGCUAUAAUGCGAACAGAACCACCUGAGAUUUGGGUGAAGGCCGCUGUAUUCCAUGCCCUACUCCUUAACAAUUUCGAGGCUGAGGUCAACGAAAAGACGGAUCGAAAUAUCAUUGUAUCGGCGGUGCAGUUCAUGACCAGCAUUGGAGAAAAGCAAGCCACCCAGAAGGAUUUGCUCCACUACAAUGUGGAGUUACCAAAGCAGCCGUUUGAAUCGGUUAUAAAUACUGUGGAGUUUAUCAAACUUCUAACUGAAGUUCUCAAACGGUUCCCUUACGAGCUGAGUAUCAAAAAUUGGGAUGCCAUUCGCAUUGGUCUGAGUUCUUGGGUUCUCACUGUUUCCAAAUCUAUAGCUCAAUUUGAUGACCCAAAGACUUGCCUAUUCGUAGUGGCUGUGUAUCAAUUGUUUGGAGCGCUGAUCGAAUUUAUUCGAUCAGAGAAGCAAAAGAGUUCAACGGAAUUACUUAAGAAUGUGAUCGACGAAUGGGACUCUCUGUUUGCCAAGGAAGUCAGUGUGGUGCUUUUUAAGGCUUACUAUCAAUUGACCCACGAGGCUAGUGUGGAACCAGGCUUCCAGGCCUGCUACGAGGCAAUGUUGGAGAGUCUGACGCCGGCCUUAGAGCUGCUGGACUACACCUUUGUUUAUGGGUUCUGUAAAUCAAACAGCCAAAUCACCCUGGACCAUCUCUGCAAUUUCCUCUUCAAGCAGCUCUACAGCUCCCAGCACUCGGUUCGACUGGGUGCAGUGAAUGCUCUGCGCCAGUUAACGCCGCACUUUGUGGCCGACGAUAUUGAACUGAAUGAGAAGCAAAGCGAAAGCCUAAGUGCCACCAUCACAAAGUGGCACUUCCUCAACAGAUUCGAAGACUACUUGACACGCUACGAUGCCUUGAUACGAAAGUACCUGGAUGAGUUCACUUUCAAAUUGACCGAGCUGGAGGAUCUCGAGCCCAUUGACAGACACGAUGCGCUGAGUUACCUUUUCCUAUGGGACUGCAUCAUCAAUGCGUGUGCCAAGUCUCCAGUUGCCCUGAGAGCCGUUUACACCAAUUGGCUAAAUGAUAACAAAUACGAAGAGAAUUUUCUACACUUCCUUUUCCGCGCCAUGCCAGUCGACAUUCUGAAAAAUCACGGGAACAAGGUACACAGCAACGGCGUCUACAAAGAGCUCACUUGGCUUCAAAUGAAGGAUCGAAAGCUGUCACUGGAGCGAUAUGUUUGUCACCUGUACACGGAGGUGCUACGCAAGCUGCCUGCCGUGGUGCGCAGAUGGUGGAAUGCUACACAGUCCAGGCAGAAGAACUUUGUGGAUAACCUUACCACCAACUACGUGAGCUCGCUGAUCUGCAGCGAGGAGCUCAAGGCUAUCGCCAAUCGGAAGGAGAAGCACGAGAAUAUGCAGGUCACCGUUCACUCUUCCACCAGAGAAGUGCUUGCGGUCUAUGCUAUCGAUGAGGCCCGCAUGGAGCUGGUCAUUACUCUGGCUCCCAACUAUCCCUUGGGGGCCGUGAAGGUGGAGUGCGGCAAGCAGAUCGGUGGCCGGUCCUCAUCCCGAAAUGUGGGCAUGCAGCUGACUAUCUUUCUUACGCAUCAGAAUGGCACUAUCUACGAUGGGCUAACGAUGUGGAAAAACAAUCUGGACAAGAAGUUUGAGGGCGUGGAAGAGUGUUAUGUGUGUUAUACCGUCAUCCACCAGGAUACUUGCCAGUUGCCAAAGCUUACGUGCAAGACCUGCAAAAAGAAAUUCCAUGGACCGUGCUUGUAUAAAUGGUUCACCACCAGCAGCAAGUCCACAUGUCCCAUUUGUCGCAACGUCUUCUAAAUGGAAUCUAUCCAGUCCUGAGCAGACAACACGUAUUAAAUGAAGGCACAACCAAAUCCAUUCGAUGUAGACAAUAGCUUCUGGUCUCUUUUCAAAAUGUUAAUCCGCAAUAGCAAUAAAUUCAUGUAAUGUUUCAAUGUA